AUGGGGCCCACCACCUCCUCCUCCUCCUCCUCCUCCUCCCGCAGGGUGAGCGGCAUGGGAGGCGGCAGCGUGUACGGAGGAGCCGGAGGAUCCGGAGUCCGCGUCUCCAGGGCCUCCUCCAGCUACUCCUCCGCCGGCAGCUACAACUUCGACCUGGGCAAUGCGGUCAACAACGUGGACAUCUCCGUCAGUGAGAAGGCCACCAUGCAGAACCUGAACGACCGUCUGGCCACCUACCUUGACACGGUUCGCACCCUUGAGAGUGCCAACACCGACCUGGAGCUGAAGAUCAGACAGUUCCUGGAGAUGAGAACCAAACCUGAACUCCACGACUGCACCGCCUUCAACAUCCGAAUCAAAGAACUGCAGGGACAGAUCAACUUUGCUUCUCGUGGAAACGCCUCCCUCAUCUUGGCCAUCGACAACGCCAAGCUCGCCACCGAUGACUUCAGAGUCAAGUACGACAACGAGCUGGCCAUGCGGCAGGCGGUGGAGGCCGACAUCGGCGGGCUGAAGACAGUCCUGAACGACCUCAUGCUGUCCAGAACUGACCUGGAGAUGCAGGUGGAGGGUCUGAGAGAAGAGCUCAUCCAGCUGAAGAGGAACCAUGAGGAGGACCUGCUGGCUCUGCGAGCUCAGAUGAGCGGCCAGGUGAACGUGGAGGUGGACGCCGCUCCUCAGGAGGAUCUGUCCACCGUCAUGGCGGGAAUCAGAGAACACUAUGAGACCGUCGCCAACAAGAACCGCAAAGACCUGGAGACCUGGUUCCAGGCCAAGUCGGCCGAGCUGAACAAGGAGGUGGCGAUGAGCACCACGACUCUGCAGACGACCAAAUCUGAGAUCGGAGAGAUCCGACGAACUGUCCAGACUCUGGAGAUCAAACUGCAGGCUCAGAUCAGCAAGAAAGGAGCUUCGGAGGCGACUCUGUCGGAGACCAAGAGCCGCUACUCCGCCAUGAUGGCCGGCUACCAGAGGCAGGUGCUGGCUCUGGAGGAACAGCUGGCCAACCUCAGGUCUGACCUGGGGAACCAGAAGGUCCUGUUCGCAGAGCUGCUGGACAUCAAGACCCGACUGGAGAUGGAGAUCGCUGAGUACCGGAGGCUGCUGGACGGAGAGAGCGAGAGCAAAAUGUCCACGACAACCACCACCAAAACCACGCGGGUGGUCACCAUCGUGCAGGAAGUGGACUCGUCUGGAAACGUGAUUAGCAGCAGCAGCAACUAG